CCACUCUUCAAGGUCACGAUGGCAACCAAUGACGUCUCCAAGAACACGAAAGUUCCCGGUCAUGAAUUCAGCAAAAUUGUGGCAUCUCCCAUGGCCACCAUCACCGUCAAAUGUGGAAAACAGUACUACAUCCAUGAAAUACUGCUCGUUAAUGUUUCUAAAUACUUUUCCAAUGCGCUCGAGGGUAACUUUAAGGAAGCCUCGGAGAAGAAAGUUCACCUAGAGACUGUAGAGUCUGAUACAUUCGAGAGAUUCAGUUCAUGGCUUUACACUGGUACAUUCAAAACGACCGAGGUCAAGGAAAAGAGCGAGGUCAAGAAUGACAAUCACUCAGACAACAGUAAAAACUGCAAUGAUUGCCGAUCGGAACAGUGCAACAAUUUGUACCGGGAAUUACUAGACCUUUACAUUUUUGCUGAUGGACAUGCAAUCAAUGGUCUUCCCAACGCCAUCGUUGACCAAUUCGGUACGCUCUUUAUCACCCCAGGCACAGUGUUCCCUAGUGACGACUUGAUUCGUACGGCAUAUUCAAAUCUGCCCCAUACCUCAGGACUCAUACGUCUUUUGGUGGAUGAUCGAUGUCGCUGGUCUUGUAAGGAAGGUGAGGAGGACGAUGCUGAGUCUUCAGCAGAAUUACCCCUUGCGUACCUCCUUCAGGUGUACCUUCGCCAACCGGUCAUACUGGACCGCGUGAAAAAAUCGGAAAACCCGAAGCGUACCCUUCGUCUCGACAUCGAAGACUACCAUGACCACAGCGAGAACGACAGACACUAA